AUGCUCUUCUCACUAUUAUUAGGCCUGGUUGGGCUAGCAGCUGCCGUAGAUCAAUCUAAUGGCACUUGCUCAAGCACAGCCUAUAUCACAGCGAGAGGAAUCUCACCUACUGCCCCCGCUGUAACAGUCGCAACCGAUAACAGUGGUCAAUAUACGGCAAUCGGCGAUGCGAUAUCCUAUGCCCAGGAAAACAACAUCCCGACAAUCACAGUUCUGCCAGGAACGUAUCCACCUGUCAUAGUAUCUGCAACACCGUCCGUCGCAGUCCUCGGUCAAACCAACGAUGAAAACGACUACACGCAAAAUAAGGUCGUUGUCUCGAACGAUGGAACGGCUCUCACACUAUCAGCCGAUGUUGACGGGAUCACUGUCAAAAACAUCAACUUCAUUGAUACAUCAUCCUCCAGCGAAGCGGUAUCGCUCAAAGGACACAAAAUUGGAUUCUAUCACUGCCAAUUCAUCUCCGGUACAAGGGCGAUCACAAACAAUGCUGGCAUCGGCUUGAUUGCGAAUAGCUAUAUCGAAGCAUCCGACACAAUGAUUGCCGGCGAAGGCAAUCUCUACGUUUUCGACACAGAUAUUGUCCCCACUGAGGACUCGGUAGUGAUCGCCAAAGCCAAUGGCAUCACAUCCAAAGGCAAGCUACAGAAAUCGACCAUUGUCUUCGAUCGAUCAUCAAUAUACCAAGAGGCGAGAGGAAGCACCAGCAAUGUUUAUCUGGCCGGUGCUUCUGGCAAAGGCUCUGUCAUCGUAUACCGCAAUUCUGUGCUGGGAGGUUUAAUUGCACCUUCCGGUGUGCAUGUCGACAGCACAUCACAGGAUAAGAACAACUUCUACGCGGAAUAUGCCAACACCGGCCCCGGAGCUUAUUCAAACAACAAGGCUGCCAGAGCUGACUACAUCAACCAGCUAGAGCCCUCAGACAUGUCCUCCUACAGCGUUGGCGCGGUUUUGUCAGGAGGGCGCUUAAUAGGGCACUUCUGGCAAACGGAAUUGGCGAGAUAUGAUACUAACUGGGUCGAUCCCUGUACCCUUGCAGCUAUUGAUAGCGCCGAUGUUGUUGGUCCCUACUCAUUUUCAGGAGAGGGAUCCGGAGCUGGGUCUCAGUCUUGGUCUUCAGGAGGCGGUUCUUCGGGGUCUUCCGGGGGUGAUGGAUCUGGAUCCCCUGGACAUAUUUCCGGUAAUGGCUCAGGAUCUGCAGCUUCUGGAGGCUCAGGGUCCUCGGGAAAUGGUUCUGAUUCCAAUGGUUCUGGCUCCUCUGGCUCGUCGGGCAAUGAUUCUGGGCCAUCUGGUACUACUUCGCCUUGUACUACUUUGCCCAGUGCUGCUCCGUCUCAUACUGCUUCGUCUACUGCUUCGUCUACUCCUUCGUCUCCUCCUGCUUCGCCUAGUGCUGCUCCGUCUCAUACUACUUCGUCUCCUGCUUCACCUAGUGCUGCUCCGUCUCAUACUGCUUCGUCUCAUACGACUUCCUCUUAUACGACUUCCUCUCAUACGACUUCGUCUCAUCCGCCUCCUAUCUCGUCUCAUACGACUUCGUCUCAUACUGCUUCGUCUACUACUUCGUCUCCUGCUUCGCCUAGUGCUGCUUCGUCUCAUACUGCUUCGUCUUAUACUACUUCGUCUCAUCCGCCUCCUAUCUCGUCUCACACGACUUCGUCUCAUACGACUUUAUCUCCUCCUGCUUUGCCUAGUGCUGCUCUAUCUCAUACUACUUCGUCUUCUUCUGCUUCGCCUAGUGCUGCUCCGUCUCAUACUGCUUCUUCUCAUACUACUUCGUCUCAUCCGCCUCCUAUCUCGUCUCAUCCGCCUCCUAUCUCGUCUCAUCCGCCUCCUAUCUCGUCUCAUCCGCCUCCUAUCUCGUCUCAUCCGCCUCCUAUCUCGUCUCACACGACUUCGUCUCAUACGACUUCAUCUCAUCCACCUCCUAUCUCGUCUCAUACUACUUCGUCUUAUACUACUUCGUCUCAUACUACUCCUUGUACUACUACUACUUCGCCUAGUGCUGCUCUACCUCAUACUGCGUCGCCUCAUACUACUUCGUCUCAUACGACUUCGUCUCAUACUACUUCCUCUCAUACGACUUCGUCUCAUACUACUUCGUCUCAUACUACUUCGUCUCAUACAACUUCGUCUCAUACAACUUCGUCUCAUACAACUUCGUCUCAUCCGCCUCCUAUCUCGUCUCACACGACUUCCUCUCACACGACUUCCUCUCAUACGACUUCCUCUUAUAUGACUUCCUCUCAUACUACUUCGUCUCCUCCUGCUUCGCCUAGUGCUGCUUCGUCUCAUACGACUUCAUCUCAUCCGCCUCCUAUCUCGUCUCAUACUACUUCGUCUCAUACUACUCCUUGUACUACUACUACUUCGCCUAGUACUGCUUCGCCUAGUGCUGCUCUAUCUUAUACUGCUUCGCCUUAUACGACUUCCUCUCAUACGACUUCGUCUCAUACUACUUCAUCUCCUCCUGCUUUGCCUAAUGCUGCUCUAUCUCAUACUACUUCGUCUCAUUCACCUCCUAUCUCGUCUCACACAACUUCGUCUUACACAACUUUGUCUCACACAACUUCGUCUCAUUCGCCUCCUAUUUCGUCUCACACAACUUCGUCUCAUACGACUUCCUCUCAUACUAUUACGUCUACUUCUGCUUCGCCUAGUGCUGCUCCGUCUCAUACUGCUUCGUCCCAUACUACUUCGUCCCAUUCGUCUCAUACGACUUCAUCUCAUCCACCUCCUAUCUCGUCUCAUACGACCUCCUCUCAUACUACUUCAUCUCCUCCUGCUUCGCCUAGUGCUGCUCCGUCUCAUACCGCUUCGUCUCAUACUACUUCGUCUGGGACUGCUUCGCCUAGUACUGUCUCGUCUAGUACUGCUUCUUCUGGAAACGAUUCCAGUCCAGAUUCCUCCGGGGACACGUCCGGUAUAACCUCAAGCUCAGGCUCAGGGUCUUCUGAUACUGCCUCGGGAUUUGUCCCUGGCACCAGCACCGGUGAUGGAUCAGCCUCUGGCUCAAACUCGGGAAAUGGCUCGGGACCCUCCACAUCAAUUACAACCCUUUCUACCAUCGUUGUAGUCACUGAUGAUGCAACUUCCUGCGUUACAGAGACAGUUUCUGGCUCAAUUUCUGGGUCAGAGAUGACUACAACUGUUGAUGUGACACCAGAUGCCGUGACCGAGACAACAACACGUGUAACAAUGACUUCGGCCACCAUUAUAACCACCGAGCCGGCCGUGACUUAUACAAGAACCUCAAUCAUUAACAUUGACAUUGGACUGGGCACUGAUAUCAUCUCACUGAUUCACCUUCGCACUGAAGUGCCUGCUUCGUUCAUAAAGACAGAGACUGGCGAGGCCACAUCUACUGUCGUCAACACAGUUACUGGCAAGAAUUUCACCAAGAUUGUACACAGUACACUCUCAAUAACCGAAACUAUCACUGCUUCGCCAUCCCUCGUCACCUCAGCUCAGACCGUUACAACGACCAAUGUCAAGACCUUCAGUCCAAGGACAUCGAGGAGUACCUUCACAUUAACAACUACACUUGGAGCAACUACGACGAAAUCGAUCAAGCCAACCACCAUCACAUCGAGCUUGACUUCCACUGAGACGGCCACAAAGAACGUAACGACAACCCUCAGGUGUAUCCCAGUAUCAAAAGCCAAGCGGGGUCUUCUUGCGCCCAUGUCCUAUACUGCUUCUUCCACUGUGACCAGUACUUCAACGGUGACUAACUACGUGACCACCUCAACGAGAAUCAUCUCACCAGCCACCGCCUAUACGGCAGACAUGGUCACGAAGAUAAGAACAGUCAAGCCCAAGACUAUAACUUCUACCGUCACCUCAGUUUCCACCAAGACUUUCACCUCCACAAUCACGAACGGCACAAGUUAUGUCACAUUCACAAGCACUUCGUCCAUAGUUCACACAAAAUCCACUCGGAAACCAUUAACCCAAACAGUCACGGUAUUCCCGACCAAGACAUCAUUCACCACUUUGAAUGGAUCAACCGUGGUAUCAACGAGUCUCACUACCUUUACGUUCAAGUCAACCGUUCACCCAACGCCAUCAACGACCGUGGUCACGACAACAUUCACUGUGGAGGUCACAUCAGCGCUGCCAGUCAUAACUUCUCGAGCAAUCAAGACGAUUACGCGAACCAACUCCCCUGUCACCAUCACGUCUCAAGAAACCUCUACCUCGAUCGAGGUCGUCAAGACUAUCAUUUCGACGACCACUAACGCCCACACACUAUUUUCAGAAGGUGCUAUAACCUGCUCUGUUUGA